UCACCCUCUAACGCACGAGGUGCCGCAGUCUUAGUUGGAUCUCAGCAUGUUGGUCAGAACAGUGUGAGCUGCUGCGGACAGACGGAUUAGGAGCAGAAUGACAGUAAAAAAUCAUCAUCUGCUACGUUUUGAUGGAGCAGCACAUUUCGUUGAUCUCCCGACAGGACGUUGUGCAUGAAUAAGACAGAAGAAGACUUGGGUGAGGAGACGCGCCAUCUCUCCACGGACCGCUGUGCUGCGUAAACUGGACUUUUCCCCACAAGCCACGAAGAGUUAUCUGGACUCUUUAAUGACUUAAAUCAAUGUAAAUUACAUUUCAUAAAGCUGCUAGAGACGCUUUGUGAGCUGUCAAUGCCCUGAUGGGCUUCACAAUCAAAUAGCUGUCUGGAUUUUUUAUUUUUAUUUUUGCUUCUGGCUGAGCGGCAAAGUCUGAACAGCUGAUGCCGAAGCAUCCUCCUACCUGCCGAGACAACUGAUGAAACUUCCUGAAGUUUGACUCUGAAGUUCAACAGACAGCCUGCACAUCUAUCACCAAGGAUUCGGACAUGGAGAUGACCAACAGGUCAGUGCAUUACCCCUCCAUCCUCCACGUGGAGCUCGGCCCGCUAAAUGACUUCAUGGAUGACAACGAAACCAACUCCACGGUCGGUGAUCAAAACUUGCUGGGCUGCGUUCAGAUCCGCAUCCCCCAGGAGCUCUUCCUGGCGCUGGGAGUCAUCAGCCUGGUGGAGAACAUCCUGGUGAUUCUGGCCAUCAUCAGGAACCGCAACCUGCACUCGCCCAUGUACUACUUCAUCUGCUGCCUGGCCGUGUCCGACAUGCUGGUGAGCGUCAGCAACGUGGUGGAGACCAUGUUCAUGCUCCUCAACGACCACGGCCUCAUGGACGUGCACCCCGGCAUGCUGCGCCACCUGGACAACGUCAUCGACGUGAUGAUCUGCAGCUCCGUGGUGUCGUCGCUCUCCUUCCUGUGCACCAUCGCCGCGGACCGCUACAUCACCAUCUUUUACGCGCUGCGCUAUCACAGCAUCAUGACCACGCAGCGCGCCAUCACCAUCAUCGUGGUGGUGUGGCUGGCCAGCAUCACCUCCAGCAUCCUCUUCAUCGUGUAUCACACCGACAACGCGGUCAUCGUGUGCCUCGUCACGUUCUUCUGCAUCACCCUGGUGUUCAACGCGGUGCUCUACCUGCACAUGUUUCUCCUGGCGCACGUGCAUUCCCGGCGCAUCAUGGCUUUCCACAAAAGCCGGCGCCAAUCCACGAGCAUGAAGGGAGCGAUCACCCUCACCAUUCUGCUCGGGGUCUUCAUUUUAUGCUGGGGCCCUUUCUUCCUCCACCUCAUCCUCAUCCUCGCCUGCCCCACCAGCCCCUUCUGCAACUGUUUCUUCCGAAACUUUAACCUUUUCCUCAUCCUCAUCAUCUGCAACUCGCUCAUCGAUCCGCUCAUUUACGCGUACCGGAGCCAGGAGCUGCGUAAAACCCUGCAGGAGCUGGUCCUCUGCUCUUGGUGCUUCGGCGUUUGAUGUUAUGUAAAUGUAGGGAAGAGAACAAGAGCAAAUCAGGUUAUUGACGCUGUUCUCCUCUCCUGAAUGUACAUUAUGACAGCCGUGACUGAGAUCUUGUGUGAACUGGCAGAUGGUGACCGUGCGCCACGCUGUCGGCCUACGAGCCGCUCUGAGACUGUAGCUGUCUUUACACAAAGACUUGUUUUCUUAUGGAAUUGGCUUCAGUUUUAGUUGCGGGUUUAUUUAUUGUUGUGUUACACUGCACUGAAUAAUCUGGAUAAAUCAUCUGACCAAUGAUUCUCUUAAAAAAUUGGAGAGAUUUCAAACACUGGAUCACAUUAUUGUAAACUGACGUGCUUCUUUUUGUGUCUGUUCAUUUAUUUUUCUUAUUUUUUUCUUUUUGUAAAUCAUGUGUUUUAUAUAUAAAGUGCC